AUGGCUUCGAAUAGGGUUGUGAACCUUGUGGUGGACCGUAGUUUGGUCUACACCCCGUGGUUGUUAAGGGUUGUGAUCAUCUGGGCAUUCAAGAGCAGUAUCCUUGCUUGGAUAAAGGAAAAAUUAGCCCAAGGUCUUUUCAACAGAACAUCUGGAAAACGUGUUUACCUUUACAUUGAGUACAAAAUUAGGAUCAGUGUCAAAGCGAGCCGUGAUCUCAUCACUGAGCCAGUACUGAGAGGAAAAUAUUUAAAGAUCAAGUUCUCAAUGUAUACAACGCCGGAUGGCAGAGUGUGUUCCAAGAAGGACCUUCCGAAGAAAGGCAGGGUGGUAACCAAGAUAAGCCUUGGGAUGAACAUUCGUGGUGCCGACUCGGACGUUGCUAGAGCUUCACCUCAAAACAUGCGUACACCGUGGAACACCAGCUUCUUUAAACGAAAUUACACCUUUCCUCACACUAAUAAGCCUCUGCGUCCUGAUUGGCCGCCCAGUUGUCCUUCGGACACUAAGAGGACAACCGGUAACCAGAAAAGAGCCGAUACCACCGCCCCCGAUCGCCGAAAAGUCAAAACCGCGCCCAUCGGCCAGUUAAAUACCGAUUCUACCAACACCGGGCAGCUAACGGUCUGGAAAGGGGUUGGUUCAGGAGGACGGAAGGUAGUGGAGGUUAUAGUUCCUUAG